AUGGAGCUUAAUUAAGCCUUGAGAAAAGAAUUAGUAAGUAUUGGAAUAAUAAUUAAAUAGUUCAUAGUUUGAUUGUAUUAGAGAUAUAAAUUUUUCAAUAAAUAGACAGGGUUAUUAGCCCAGUAAUAUUGAUGGUAGAUGUAAAGAACUAACUAAAUUAGGAUAUAUUUUUUUAUUGUUAUCAUUGUAGCUAUCGAAUUGGAGAUGA